ACAUCCUGCUACAUGUCAAAAAGUCUCUUUCUCACCCUUCAAAAAUCCUUGUAAAUUUCCCACAAAUCACAAUUUUCUUCAAAUUACUACAACUACUUAUUCGUUGGGUUUCCAUAAUUCAAUUUCAAAUUCAAUCUCCAACAACCCUAAAUUUCCGCCAUUUUUGUUCACUCUCUCUCCACCUCCAUAAUCUCAUCAAUCAAAUAUUCAAAUGUCAUCCUUCGGAUUUCGUAAACCAUCUUCAUCUCGCUACUCUUCAUUCGAUUCACAAACUUCACCAUCUUCAUCUACUGAACUCAAAUCUAUUUCUUCCCACCCCAAAUCUCUCCUCAAAAACCAACCAAAUCAAGCAAUUACCAAACUUAAUGCUACCAAAAAUGUUGCAACAGAGCACAAUUUCGCUUCUAUGGUGAAGAAAUUCAUGGAGAAGAAAUCGGUUUUGAGCUCGAAAGCGAAGAAUAAUGGUGAUCGUCCAUUGCCAUUGAUCAUUCCAGCAGAUUUUAUAGCAGAGGAUUUGAAGAAAUCUGCAAGGAAAGGAUCAAAUUUGAGUGCUCUUCCGAAGAAAUUGUUUGGUAAGGGUUCGAGUACUAGCUCGAGUUCAAGUGAGAAGAAGAUGAAGGCUUUAACUGAGGUUAAAGCGAAUACCAGAACUUUGGCAAUGGUGUUGAGGAGUGAGAGAGAGCUUUUGAGCUUAAAUAGAGAUCAGGAAGCUGAGAUUGCUCAGCUUAAAUCUUUGCUCCUGGACCGCAAUGAUGAAGUAGAGAAGUUAAAGAAUUUGUGCUUGAAGCAAAGGGAAGAGAUAAAAGCUCUGAAAAGUGCCAUUUUGUUUCCGGAAGAGAUGAACUGUCAACUACAUGAGCUUUUAGAGAAGCAAGGCUCAGAACUUAAGCAAGCAAAGCAGGUCAUUCCAACUCUUCAGAGGCAGAUUUCUUCUCUCACUGGUCAGCUACAAUGCCUUUCAGAAGACCUUCAAGAGGUGAAGGCAGUGAAGUCUGCAAGCAAGCCGUGCAUUGAUGGCAAUUUUGGCUCACCUAGGACACCCAUAUAUAAUCAAGAAGAGGCUGCUAAUUCCCUGGAUUUUAGUGACGAUGAUCUAACAACACCUGAGAGUCCAGAUGACAUGUUGCUGAAGGAUGUGAACCCAUGCUUGACACCUUGUUAUUCAAAGAUGAAAUCUAAGGAAUAUGGGGUAAUGGGAUGUGAUUAUGCUGAAAAGGAAGAGGUUUAUCAAGCGACUGGGGAAUCGAGGAAGCUGUCAAGAAGUUCUGAUCAAUUCACAAGUUUGAGACCAGGGAGCAGCACAACUCGUGCAACUUUUCGCAGGUCGGAUGAAAGUAAAUACAGAUACAGAAAGCGAAUUGACCAGCAAGUUCUUUGAAACACUUCUUUAACAACCUAUCAUAUCUGCUGUCCUUCAUAUUUUGUAAGUUACAAUUAUUCGUUUUCAUGUCUAUAUGUCAAAUAAAUUUGUCACAACCUGAUGACUUGGACAGUUAUAUGUGUUUGUUUAAUUGAAGUCCACCAUGCAUUUUUAAGA